AUGGAAAUCGGUCAAGCAGAGCACCGUAUCAAAUUCAUCAACUUCUGGCAGCUGGCCCCCGGCAGCCGCGUCCUCGAAAUCGGAUGCGGCCAGGGCACCACGACCGCGGUCCUGGCCGAGGCUGUCGGAUCCACGGGGCACGUCGAUGCCGUAGAUCCUGGGCCGCCAGAGUACGGAGCCCCCUGGACGCUUGCCCAGGCGCAGGAGCAUCUCUCGGGCAGCGCGAUUGGAGACCGCAUCUCGUGGCACUUUGCCGACCCGGUUGAUUUCCUGGCGGCGAACGCGGGCAAGACGUGGGACUAUGUCGUCUUUGCGCACUGCAUCUGGUACUUUGACUCGCCGGCAACGCUGACGAGGAUGCUGGGCGCCUUGAAGGGCCGUGCAAAGGAGCUGCUGAUUGCGGAAUAUGCGCUCAAAGCGACGGAGUUGAAGGCCCUGCCGCAUGUCCUUGCCUCGGUGGCGAGGGCCACUCUCGAGGCUCACAAUAAGGCCAGCGCAGCCAACAUUCGGUGCUUGUCCAGCCCGGGCGCCAUUGCUGAUGCUGCGGGUGAGAAUGGGUGGAAGCUCGAUGAGGAGACUGUGGUGGUGCCUGGGGAGGGACUCAUGGAUGGCCACUGGGAGACGGGAAGUGUCAAGAGCACCCACUUUUUGAAGGAGAUUGAGGAGAACGUCGAGGAUCUGAAAGUCAAGGCGCUGUUGCGGUCGGCUAGAGAUGGUGUUUUGGGGGCCUUGGAGACGGUGGGUGUGCAGAAGUCGUGGACUAUGGAUGUCUGGGUGGCCAAGUUUCAUUAG